GUAAUUUUGUCAUUUUUUUCACUUGUUUGCUCGGUUUGUUUCAAUGGCCGAUUUAUAUGGAGCAUUAAUAAAUGUGCUAGGUCUUGGUGAGACAAUCCAUCGCGAUUAUCAACGAGUACAACAUGAUGUGGGCCUAGGCCUAGUCCAAAGAAACACUGUCACAACAAGGAGAACCCGGCGGUUUAGCUUGUUACGAUCUGUCGUACGUGAGCGUCAACGUAGGCAAUCUGAGGCAAUCUUGAAUAUAGCAGUUCUAAUUACUGGGCUUCUGAAUGCUAUGUAUGCACCUACAGUGACUGUGUGGACAAGGAAUCGCAGCCAUCAGUGGUGGACCAUUGAUUGCCUUAUGCAAUACGAUGAUGUGCAAUGGUACGAAAAUUUCAGGAUGACCAGGAGACCGUUCCAGUUACUCUGUAAUCAGCUGAAUCCAUACAUCGAAAGAAUGAACACACAGAUGAGACGGCCAGUUAGUGUGGUUAAGUUAGUCGCCAUUACUGUUUAUCGCCUUGCCACUGCGGCCCAAGGGUGA